UAGGGCAGGUCGUUGAAGUGGCCGUUUAUUUUUUACAUUUUGCGUAUUUAAAAAUACUACACUACCAAAGCUGCUAAUUAGUAAUUUGAAUGCCACUUCAUGGAAAUCAAUCACAAGAAAUAUUUCAACACAUGUUGAUCAGUUUUUUUGAGAAACGAAUCAUCUGUUUACGAUAUCUUAUUCUAUUUUCGAGGUUAUAAUCAGUCAUAAGCGUCGAUCUGAUAAAUUGGUGUCAGUUUAGUAUCAUGGAUUUGAGAGAUUCUCCCACAAUGGAGAAAAUGCAGUGGGUAACACCAAAUAAAAAUGAAAUGAUUUUCGACAACGCUUCGCUGAAGAGUCCCAUUUCAUUUACGACUCCUGUUAAGCAGGUUGGAAUGAGGCCGAGGCAAAUGACUUACCAAAAUAACUCCGGAUGCUUCGCAGUUUUACCUAGCCAUAUUACUCCACCUUCCGGAUUAACGAAAUUCGUAGCGAGAAAUCCUUUUGAAUCUGAUUUGACAAACAGACUGCAUUUGUCUGUCAUCAGCCCCACUGUAUUCACAAAGGUUGUAAGCCCUUCCCAAGGAUCUCCCGUAUUCAGUUGGAACAUAGAUGAAUUAGCUGUCAUUCAGCCAGCUAAAAUCGAAGAAUUUCCUAUUCAGCAACCCCAUUGCACAGAUCCAGAAAUCGAGAGGAAAGCGCAAGCUGCUAUAGACAGAUUUUUUCAAGAAAAUCAAAUAAUUCCGAGUCCUUGUGAUAAUAACGACAAAGAUAAUUUUAGAAAAGAGAAUAUGCAAACACCAGUUCGACAUUUUGACGAUAGUGUGUCUUCUAAAGAAUCCCAGACUUUAAAAAAAGAUUCUUGGACUCAAACGACUUUAUCUCUUCCUCCGAAUUUGCCUUCACAUGUAGAAGAAAUCCUGAAGCCGUACUUUACUUUUAAACAGGAACAAAAUGUGGAAAGCGAUGAGGCGAAUUGUAGUGGAAACAGCUCUCUGAGGAGAAAAUUAUUUGCUCAUGACGAUACGCACGAAGAUGAGCUGGAGUCGUCUUUCAAUAUGAGUUCGGUGCAAUUACGAGGCAUGGUUAAUUGCAGCCCAUUGCAAAGUGGAAUGUUUAACCAUGGGACACCUCUGAGGGGAAGUUCUGGAAAUUUGCAAAGGAACCAUGGAACGCCUUUAGCUUUUGAGAACAUGUCACCUUUAAAUAUGUCUCCCAUUAGCGAAGUUGCUGACGAGAUGUCGUGUCAAAGUAUCAAAUUUCGUACUCGAUCUGCAGCCCGAUUAGAUUUCACGACUGAUAUGAGCAUCGAAGUUUCCGUUAAGGAGGUCGACAGGACCGAGAAAAUUCGAAGCAGUCCUCCAGAUAACUGCUGGGCGGAAAUAGAGGAACCUCUGGAGGUCCUGAAAUCAAUUGAUGAGGAAGAAAAAAAUGAUACAGUAGAUAUGGCGAUGCAUUUCGAACUCCCCAAUUAUUUGAAGUCGGACGAGAAGGAAAAUCAACCUGUAAAUUUCAAUUCUGAAUCCCUCAAGCGACCAAAAUUUGCGAAUGAUUGGUGUAAAACUUUUUCUAGCGAAACUAGCACUUAUCAGCAGAAUUUUACACUUUCAGCCACGAAUGGUCAGCAGAGUGCUUUCAAUUUUGCUCAAGAUACUGGAUAUCAAACUUGUAGUAUAAAUAACACUGCCAACAAUACCGAGAGUUCCGCUGCGGUUUCGAUAAAAGAGAAACUUCACUGGGAUGAACAAUUGUUGCCUUCUGAAGACGACUUAAAACUGUCGGACUGGAAGAAAAACAUGAAGUACAUGUGUAGCUCUACUCCCUCGAAAUUUUUGAGGGAAGGAAUAAAGAGAAACACUAAUAUUUGAGCUUUUCAUUAAACUGAUGAAGAAACAGUUGCGAUUUGUACAAUUUGUGAAUACUCUUAAUUUUAGGAUGCAAGCAUCUCUUAUUUUAUAAAUCCACGUUAUUUUGAGACUGUUGUGAUAAUUAUUGAAUUUGAAUUCAAUAAUAUGGUCCAAACUACAGAAUCAAGAAGAUUCGUGUCAUUGAAUCGUCGCGCUUUGGAAAAAGUUAGGAUAAAUCAACAACUUUGAUAAAAUUGUUGAAACCCUAGGCAUUAGUAUCGAUGCAGAUUUUUGGUGAUAGAAAAAUUUGAAAUGUGAUAAUCCGCAUAAUGCAGAAUGAUGGAUCUCACCUAUAGGAAAUUGCGGAAAAGGCUGAAGUUUCAUUUAAAAAACUAAAAACUUCGAUAGUUUGUCGAACUUGUACACUGCCAUCGCGAGUCAUUUUUGUGUUACACAAUCUCGUAUUUGUCUCUGUAAUAUAAUAAUCUGUUAAAUCGUGAAUAAUUUUUCUCUGCGAACGUUCAAUUUUCUUUGAAAUUGAUCUGAAUUUCGCAGCUGAAAUUAUAUGUACUAAGUCAAUUUUGCAACUACUUGUCUACGUCGCUAGGAUUACACAGGCCGAUAAAAUUUGACAAAGUUCCGGAACCAGAGACCAGACCUAGUAUACCCGAAGGUUUUUGCUGCGCUGAAUCCGAAUCCGACCUCAGAAAAAUU